AAUAUUUGAAGGCAAAAAAACCCACCUAUUCAAAGUAACUACAAUUGAGAGGUCAAUUAUUAUUGAUACUAUAUAAUGAGUAGUACGAGCGAUCAAUCGCAUAACCAAGAUUACCUGGAAGUUCUUGAUUCCAUGUCUGAGUUCAAUUUUAAUGUACCGCUGAUCAAUGUUGAAACUACUUACUGUGGACAAGAUCCUGAACCACCCAGAGAAAACCAGCUCUCGACGUCGAAUAGAUUACCUUCUACAUCUUCCACCACGUCUUCUACCGCGUCUUCCUUUGCUAGUCAUGGUAGUGUCAUUUAUGGCAGUGGUAGUCGUCAACAUCGUCAAUCUGUAUACUCCACAAUGUCAACCACCAAUACUUUAUACUCUGCUGGGAAUUUCUCUACAGAUUCUGAAGUGAAAGAUCUUCUUUCAGACAAGCGAACCAAUGAUAGUUCAUCCAAAAUGGAUGAAGAAGACCUCAAAAGAGAACGAUUCAAACAAUUAUUCCGAUCUAGUAAAGUUAAAACAACUAGUCAUGUUCAUGAAAAUCCCCUUGAUCAAGAAUAUUUUGAUAAUGUAACCAAUCGAUUAGAACAAAAUGUAUUUUCACAAUCAACAAAAUUGAAAUUAGAAUUAGAUUGGGAUUAUAUAAUUGAAACCUACUUAUUUGGAGAUCUGAUUGAAAAUGUUUUUCAUUUAGGAAAUUUGGAAAGUUAUCAAAGGAACCAUGAACUUAUGGAUUUUUUGUUGAAUAGUCAUUUAGAGUCAGGAGAAUUUAGAUUUACUCCAAUCCCCACAAUAGGCACACAUAUACCCCAAGAAGAAAUACUCGAGGCUAUAAAGAGCAUUCUUAUUCAAUUGGAUGAUUUUAAUGAUAUCUUAACUUUUUAUAAAGCAGAAUUUGAAACCCAUAAUGAUACCAAGACUUUUAAAUCAUUGGAAACAUUCAACAAAUUAGAAACAUUUGCUAAUAAAAAGGGAUUUACAUUACCAAUGGCUCAAUCAAUGUUUGGUACAUGGUUACUUUCAUUUGCCAAAGGUGGUGAUGAUAGCAAUUAUAAUGAUGUUAGAAUUAUGAAUCAAUUUAGGAAAGCUGCAAGAAUGUCACUCGUUUUAAGGAAAUUAAAUGAAAAUCAAUUUUUUGAAGAAUGUAUAAAAAUCUUAAACCGGGAAGAACAAAUAUCUAUACGAAGAUUUUUGAAAAAAGAUAAUGAAUUUGCCCUUUGUAUGGCCAUUUUCAGUAUAGCAGAAUAUUAUCAGCAUGUUCAUGGGUUCGAUACUGCAGUGAAUUAUUGGGAAGCAAAUGCCCACUUGACGCGGGACGUUGAAAGUUGCAACAUGGCGAUUUGGGGGCUUGGAGAUGGAUUAGGAGGAGGUAAUAAAGUUAAGAAGUUGGAUCGAUUAGGAUCUGGUUCAAAACGGAAAAAGUAUAAUACAAAGAGGAGAAUUGCCCAUUUAUAUCGAAUAUUAAUUAAAAAUGGAGGAGUUCCAGGUUAUGGAACCUCUUGGGUAUUCAAAGAGAAGUAUGAUUAGAUACGGAAAAUAAAUACAUAGUAAUUAAACUUAACAGAGGAUAUAAUAAAACCAUUCAACUUCAGAAGUUAUAUAUAUAUAUAUAUAUAUUAUGAAUGAUCAUGUAAAGAUUUCAUGGCAACUC